AUGGCCGGAUAUCGUGUUGUCACGGAUCUGACCGUAAUCUUCUCCUCGACAAUUUCUCCCCCCAACUGCGAAUGGGACCCACGAAUAUGGCACCGUUUAGAGAAAGAGCUCUACGUACAUACAUCCCAGCAGAGUGCGUGGCUAUAUGUAGCGUCAGUAAAUACGAAAGAGCUUUCAGCUAAGGACCUGUUGGUUACGGAUAUCACAGUUGGCGUUGUGUCUCCGGGUCGUUCAUGGGAGAGGCGACCUUGCAAUAUCUGGAUACUAAGGAGCGAAUUCUCUGACGGGACUAGCCAAGUUGUGACAGAGGUGGACGUUCUUUUCGGUGUGGAUGCCGUCGACCCAAGAUCAGGAUGGACUCUCAUAGAAGCCUCGCUGCAACUCGGUGUUCCGCCCAGCGUACCGGUUGCAAGACUUAGUGUACUCAAGGGCCGAGCCAAGCCGAACCCUCGGGUGUCUUUGCAGUUUAAAAAGGACGGCACAUUCAACAUUGUCCAGAUCUCUGACACGCACAUGGGCACUGGUGUCGGGGUAUGCAGAGAUGCUGUUGAUGCCCAUGGGGAAGAUCUGCCAGAGAGCGAGGCUGACCCACUUACGGUUGCCUUCAUCGAAAACAUCCUGAAUGUCGAGCAACCAGACCUUGUUGUUCUCACUGGAGAUCAGGUGCACCACGACGUCCCCGACAGCCAAUCUGCCCUCUUUAAGGCAGUUGACCCUAUCAUUAAGCGUCGGAUUCCAUUUGCAGCCGUACUUGGCAACCACGAUAGUGAGGGCAAGUUCGCAUUAUCACGAACGGUACAGAUGGACAUACUUCAAAAUCUACCUUUUAGCCUCUGCGAGCCAGGCCCAGAGAAUGUUGAUGGUAUCGGCAACUUUUCCGUUCAGAUCCUUGCUCCCGCGCCGUCACAGUUCCCACUAGCAACGUUGUAUUUCCUGGAUUCGCACGGUCAAGUUGGGGGCACGGCAGGUAAUCCCGACUACGCCCCCAUUCAGCAAAGCCAAAUUGACUGGUUCAGGGACACCUCCCAAGCGCAACGAAGCGCGCGUGAGAAACACGAUAAUGACAGCGACUUUCAUCUAUCCCUAGCUUUCCAACACAUCCCUCUUCCCGAAUUUGGUGACGAGGGUCUCAGCAUCCACGGCGGCCGCAGGCGGGAACCGACUGAAAGCCCCCGCGCUAAUUACUCUUUCUCUUUCUACGACGCUUUGGUCGAAGAACGUGUAUCAGCAUUGGGCUGCGGGCACGAUCACGUGAAUGACUUUUGCGGUCUAUUACCACAGCAAACGCUACAAGGUGGCAAUGAUAACCCUGAACAUAGUGUAUGGUUAUGUUACGGAGGUGGUAGCGGUUUCGGGGGAUAUUGUUCGUAUGGUAAGAAACGAUUUCACCGACGAAUGCGGGUUUGGCAGCUUACAAGCACCGGGGACUUAACGACUUGGAUGCGUGUCGAAUAUGGCACGGACCGAGUUAGUAAGCUAGUGCUUGUGGAAGGCGGGCGGGUGGUUAAUCAUCUUACGAACGAGAUAAAGACAAAAGCUAUGCAGUGA